CUUCCAGACUGUAAUGGUCUGACCAGAGUUUGUAACCUGUUAAUAGCUUUAGAGUGUUGCCUUUGAGUAUUUCUAUCCUGUCUUUAAAUAGAGCUGAUAGGAUUAGGCUUCUUUGGAAAGAGGCUACCUUCUGGCAAGGACACAGACUACUCUCCUCAUACAUUGAACUCAGUUCCAUGAAUUGUGCUGAUGGUAUUUUUGGGUAGUGUUUGUUAUUAAAAGGGAUAAAAGUGAGAAAGGUGUCAUUUUUAACCACUUGGAGAAGCGUUACAACAGCUCCGAAUCGGACUCUAUUCAUCGUGUUAAACUAGUCAGGUGGAGGCAUAUUUCAAGAAACACAGAAGGGCCACUUUUCUUUCUUGUGGUCACUCUUUGUAACUCCUUUUUGUGGAUGUUUGAUGCACAAAAGCUUGACUUACAGUCACAGUAAACCUCUGAGAAAGAACAGCUAUGGGAGUGCCUAACUCCAGGGAAUACCAUUACUAUCAUGCUCCAAAUACACCUUUUAAGAUGCUGCUGAGAACACGCAAUGAACCUCUUAAGAAGGAGCAUCCAAAAUGGAAGAGUGAGUACCCGAUGACAGAGGGGCAGCUGAGGAGUAAGAGGGACGAGUUUUGGGAUACGGCUCCAGCUUUUGACGGACGGAAAGAGAUCUGGGAUGCACUCAGAGCAGCUGCCCUGGCUGUGGAGUGCAAUGACCUGGAGCUAGCACAGGCUAUAGUGGAUGGAGCCUGCAUCACUCUGCCACAUGGCUCUCUCACAGAAAGUUAUGAUGAACUGGGCAACCGUUACCAGCUUCCAGCGUACACUUUAGCCCCACCUGUCAACCUCAUCACUGAAUCAUCCGGCGAGAGCAAAGCAUCUGACUUCACACAAAAACAGGCUCAACCUCUGCCAUGCAGAGAAGAGUUCCAGCUGCGGGUGCGAUUAUCAACAGGAAAGGAUGUGCGUCUGACAGCCAGCAUGGCGGACUCCAUCGCUGAGCUAAAGAAACAACUGGAAGAACAGGAGGACAUCGAAGUGACCCGUCAGAGGUGGUUCUUCUCCGGGAAACUUUUGACUGACAAGACUCGUCUGCAAGAUGCCAAAAUCCAGAAGGACUUUGUUGUCCAAGUGAUUGUCAACAUGAAUCCUUAGGUCAUAACUAACUGAGAAGUGAAACAGGAGAUAAAGUGAGGAAAAGAUACAGGACAUGCCAGAGAGGGCUGCAGGAGCAGCAGUAGGGCCUGAAAUCAGUUUCCAGCUGGUACUGCUGUUGAAUUUUGUGUAUAUUUUUAUAUAAGAAAUUGUUGCUUUUAUAUUGCUCCUUUUUCUAUUUUCCUUUUUUUUUCCAAAUGAAGUAAAAAUAUGAAAAGCACUGAAACACUUUAGAGUAAAGAGCCCUAGAGCCCUAAGUUGCACAUCCCAGUGUCUGUUUGUCUGUCUGCCUGUGGAGACCCCAAAUUACAGCUCUGUUGUUUACAUGGGUUCCUGUCCUUGAUAUGUUUGUCUGUACUUGUGCUUAAUGAUAAAUUCGACACAGUUCGCCUGAAGGUCCAAAUAAGGAAAAUCGACUUUUUUUUUUUUUUUUU